CUGUAAUGUCGCUCCAGGCUCGUGAAGUCGGUGUUGUAUUUGCCCUCCAGUCCGGAGACUGGAUACGACGGAUUCAGCUCCAACUCUCAACCGAAGAACACCAAUACCUCAUCUCGCGCCUGGGCGAGGUUUUCGCCCAGUGACAUUGAAGGAAGACCGUUCCUCGGGGCCAAGGAUGAAUGUGCUCGAGCUGAUGAACUCCAUGAUGGAAACGGAUGGUGGUGCAGACGACGAUCGGCGUGCCAGCAGGCUCAGCACACGAGACAGCACCAUCUCAACUUCGCAGUCCAUCUCUAUGCGUCAGUCAGAAGAUGAAGUUCAAAGACGUAGCAUGAGGGCGAUAGACAGCGAGACUGGACCCACACAUCAUCGGUCGAAGAAUAUGGGCAUCUCCGUAAAUUCCGGACUGGCGCACAGCAACGCUGAUGUAGAAACCUUGAGCCGCCGCCAGUCGCUUAGGUCGCGCAAGGGAGCUGCUGAUCGACGACAUUCAGACGAAAGGAGGCGGAAGUGA